ACUCAUAUUGAUCCUCCCACUUUCUCCUUCAGCUUUAAGUUUUUACGCUUUCGCUGUGCACAUUCAAUCGUUAUUUACUAAACGGGUAAAUAUACGAUUAAGUUCACCGAUCAUCCGAUUGCUGACAGUAUGCAUCAAUUGAGAAUUAACAUUGAUAGACGUACAAUUACGUAAUUCUGUAUACGGAAAGGAACUUCCGGUAUUCAUCAUCGGCUUCGCCACCGGAGACACAUCAAUCUGGUUACAUAUAUGUCUAUGGCGCUACAACGAGAAUAGUAGAUUUUGAAAACUCCAUAAAGACUCAGACAUGUCUCAGUUGGACAAGAAGGCGGGUCUCUUAAGGAGAACAUCCUCAUCCAAAAAAACCCUGAAAGAGAAAGUGGUUCUUAUGUAUGAUGAGAUCUUUUCUAAGGAGGACCCAGCCAAAAACGCCCCUCGUUUCUGGGAUGAGCUGUUUCUUAUGAAGGUAAACCUUGAGUACCUUGAACUCAAAUUGGAGAGUGUUGAUGAAGAGGUUCAACACAGUCAAGCGAACAUCAACGCCCUGUUUCACUAUUGCAUCCAGGCUCUGGGAGAGGAGCAUCCGAUCAAAGUCGUCAAUGCCCUGCAGACUCUGUGUGCACUUUUCCGAGGAGUUCAUCAGAAGAACAGAUCAGCCUCUGGCUUUGACAUCAUCAACUUACUCAUGGGUUUUGAUAAGGCUGAACAAAGGAUGAAGGACCUGAUGGAAAGAUUGGACAGCCUUCUUUGUGGGGAGGGCUCAGAAAGCCUCAAGAGCCUUUGUCUUAAACUAAUGCUAUGUCUAGUGACAGUAACAGACAACAUUAGCCAGAACACCAUACUGGAAUAUGUGAUGAUAAAUAGCAUAUUUGAAGCUAUUUUACGUAUUUUGUCCGAUGUAUCCAGUAAACAUCUGCAUGGUUAUGAUCCCGUGGUGCUACUGGCUCUGUUGGUCAACUACAGAAAAUAUGAGUCUGUGAAUCCAUACAUUGUGAAGUUGUCCAUCGUCGAUGAUGAACCAACCCUAGAUGGAAUGGGCAUGGUUAUCCAACAGGCUCUCACAGAAUACAACAGGCAGUUCAGAGAUAAACAGGAGGAGACCCAGGGUGGGUUCUUCUCUACUCUAACCAGUAUGGUGGGUAGUAUGUUUAUAGCAGAUGCAGAUGAAAAACUCUCUGUGCAGACAAACGAGGCGAUACUGUUGGCACUGUAUGAAGCUGUGCAUCUCAAUCGCAACUUCAUCACCGUAUUAGCACAGAGCCACCCAGAGAUUGACAUAGCGACUACGCCUACCACCAAUUCUCCAACCACACCAACAACACCACUUGGCACGAUGACACCAACUCUAGACAUGAUGAACAACCCAGAACUGCCUCUGGAUCCCAACCUGCAGACCACCAAUCUUCUCAUCACAUUCCUGAAGUACGCCUCCAUCUUAAUGCAGGACACAAAAGAUGAGCAUCGACUUAACAGUGCCAGACUCUGCCUAAUUAUCCUCACCUGUAUAGCAGAGGAUCAAUAUGCCAAUGCCUUUCUUCACGACGACAACAUAAACUUCAGAGUCAACCUACAUAAAAUGCUUGUUAUAUACCUGAUGGUGGAGUUCAUUGUUACACAUAUGAUGAAGGAUUUUCCAAUGGAUUUAUACCUACGCUGCGUUCAGAUCAUCCAUAAACUCCUUUGUUACCAGAAGAAAUGCAGAAUCCGAUUGCACUAUACCUGGAGAGAGCUGUGGUCAGCUCUAAUCAACCUUGUGAAGUUCCUGCUUUCCAAUGAGACAACACUGCUCGUCAAGCACAACAUUUUUCAUUUGGCUUUGCUGGUAGUGAACCUGUUCAAUAUGUUCAUAACAUAUGGUGACACGUUCCUGCCCUCUUCGAAUAGCUACGACGAGCUAUACUACGAAAUUGUACGAAUGCACCAGGUCUUUGAUAACCUUUACUGCAUGGUUCUGAGGGUAUCGACCAACACGGGCCAGUGGAAAGAAGCAGCAAGCAAAGUCACGUAUGCCCUUGUCAAUAUUAGGGCCAUCAUUAACCAUUUUAACCCAAAGAUCGAGUCUUACACUGCCUUGAACCACAUUUCGCAGCUGUCGGAGGAACAGGUUUUGGAGGUGGUACGGUCCAACUACGACACACUUACACUAAAACUGCAGGAUGGUCUGGACCAGUUUGAGAGAUACUCGGAGCAGCCUAAGGAGGCUGCGUUUUUUAAGGAGCUGGUCCGUUCCAUCAGCCUGAACGUAAGGAAGAAUGUCUCUUUAAACACAAUGAGUCAGGACGUUCUGCUUAAAGAAUUCUCCACUAUAUCCUGAGACACGGGCGUGCACAAACACUUAAACAAAAUCUCUCCGAAACCAACAAGUGGAAACAGGUUCUUGCCAUGAUUCAUCUUUCGCAAUCUGUGAAUGAUGAAAAUCCUCGGUGAUGGACAGCCUGGAUACAGCUUAAGAUAAAUACGAACGUUAGCAUUUUUCUUCUACGAUCAAGUGCGUCUGAAAAAGAAAGAGAGGUCACAUUGCACACGCACCUCGAGCGUCAUCCACGCAAAGUAUUUUGAACUGGUCUUCGUCUCCCACCCUUCCCUACUUAUAAUGAUGUUGCUCUGCUGCUACUGUUCAUAGGUUUCUAAUGGAUCUCUGGGUCGUUGUUUACCAGGUAGUCUUUUAACAUUAAAGGUUUCUCUAACUCCUUGAUAAUUUACGUUGUGAUUAAUGAUAGAUGUGCGAAUGGGGAAUGUGUUUCUUUUUCAAUUUUUUCCAUGCUACCAAUAAAUCGAAGGUGUUAAUACUCUGAAUCUUUUUAAAUGUUUCAUUGUUGCUUAUCUUAGAGGCGGGAAAAGCUACCGGUGAACCAUUACAAACGUACAUUAAUAACUGAAAUUCUUCUUUUUUGAAACCCACACAAAAUUGUAACAGUUAGCCAAGUAGAGCUUUUAUUGAAAGAAACGUUAUUUUUUGUUUGUUUUUUUAUG